ACUCAGGUAGAAAGAUCCAAGUGAGGUGGGGAGCACCGGGAGCACCGGGAGCGACGGGAGCACCCUUGAACCUGCUGCUAGACACGGAGUGAUGUAAAAGACCAUUGAUGGUGGAACCAAAACAUGUUGUUGCUUGUUGUUGGUUGGUACGAGUAUAUCUGAGACUCUGAGCGGGUACUGGCCCUCGUCUAGUUAGUUGGCAAGGUACAUCAUGGAAAGAAGGUACUUAGUUGGGCAGUGGGUAGAUAGAUAGUCAGACAACCAAGGAGAGGUUGGCGGCUGAACUUGAGGUUCUUUACCACCGACCAUCAUUGAGACCUGGCCAGCCCAUCAAACCAGUCCAGAUCGGUUUCACAUAUACAAAGAAGAAACAAGGCGGGUCCGUCUAACCGUCGCAUCUAGAAUUUAUAGCAUGAGUGAAAAGUGAAGAAACUGAAAUAUCAUUCCAAGCCAAUCUAAGGAUGUGGACUGCUUAAAACCAUGAACAGGUCCCAUUGGUUGUUGGUCUUGGCCUUUUGGACAUUGUCCUUGGCCGCUGUUGUUGGACAGAAACGAAUUCUCGGCGAUACCCGUGAACAAAAAGUGUCGCAAGUGUACGAUGAAGAUGUACGUGAGGAGAAGGUCUAUCGAAGACCACCCUCUUAUCUCAUCAUUGCCUCUAGGAUAGUUCGACCCUCCACUGUGUAUCAGGUGGUGGUCAGUUUAUUGGAGGUGGCUAAGCCCAUGAGGGUCAGAGCUGCCCUGUCAAGAGAUGGAGUUGAGGUCUAUGGUGACCAUGUCAACAUGAACCCAACCGAGACGAGGUCCAUUUUGCUAUUGGUUCCUCCUGGUAAUAAUGUGGACAGCAAUUACCGUUUGCGUGUCGAAGGGGCUGGAAUCGGUGGAGGAGCCAUCAUCUUCGAGAAUGAAACGAUUCUGGAAUUCAGUCGACAAUUCCUUUCCAUGUCUAUCAGUACCAACAAAGCUAUUUACAAUGGCGAGCAAGAGAUAAUGAUUCGAGCCGUCAUGCUCACCACAGCCCUACAUCCGUACACUGGUAUUGCCGAUCUCUUUAUCGUGGACCCGGAUGGAUAUGUCAUUCGCAAAUGGAACUCUAAAGAACUGAACAACGGUGUGCUGACGGGUUCAUUUCAGUUGCCCGAAUACCCGAAAGUCGGUUUCUGGAAGAUUCGCGUGGAGGCCCAAGGUCAAGUGGAAGAGAAAGCCAUCAAGGUGGAAAAGUAUUACAUUCCCAAGUUCGAGGUCUACGUUCGGAUGCCAACAUUUGUGCUCGACACCGACAAGUUCAUUGAGGCCGAGGUGUCAGCUUUCCACCCGUACGAAAAAACCGACAAAGGUGACGUCCAACUGCGAUGGUUUGCCAAGAAGGUGGACUAUACCACCCCCAUGUACAAUGAUUCGGUGCUCUAUCGCAACGAGUAUAGCUACUACCACAACAUCUCGAACACAUAUCGGAGUAACUUGUACAACACGCGUGACGGAAUUCCUUUGAGGAACCUCAGCCUGAUCUCUCAACCCAAUCGAUACGGUUACAUUGAUCCCUACUUGAGCUCAUCAAACGCUCCGGAGAGACCCAUCUUCCAGAACUGGACCUACAUCCGGUCGGACCGGCGGGAAUUCAGACAAAUCUAUGAACGCGAGGAUCCCUUCUAUUUGUACAUGUCGGAAAUCGAAGCUCAACUCGGUUCGGUUCAUGGGGUGCAAGUGCGUGCUGAGGCUUGGCUCACGGAAUAUUUCUACAACAAUACACAGAGAGGCUUCUGCGAAACUCGGAUCAUCAAUCAGACCCUAAGUUUGAGGUUUGUGGGCAGCAACCCCUUGGUUUUCAAGCCGGGUAUGCCUUUUGAAGGCCAGAUUGCCGUCAGGUACCAUGACCAAGUAGCUUUGGCCACGGACAAAUUGGAAUCAUCCACCUUGCUCAUCAAAACCACCGCCAAACUCGAGAAUGGCCAACUGGUUGAGCUUCCAGAGGUAACUGUUCCCCAGAAAUUGGAAGGCUUCUCCGAGUUCCAAGAUGUGGAUCGUCUAAAACAUUACGGACAGAGCUAUGGUUCAGAAGCUCAGGACGAUUUCAUGUUCGACCCCAAUAGCGAGAUAAAUCCGGCAGCUUUUUUCACCGACGAUGUGGAUAAGAACACGCAAUUUCUCAUGGAGAUGUACGCCAAGGAGAAGUCCUAUCAAGAGUACAGAACCACGGGAGUUCACAGGAUCGAGCUGGAAAUUCCAGAAACCACAACUGAGCUCAAGAUGGUGGCUUACUACAGGGAUACCGAUCAAGGCAGUGCUUAUGCCGAGACCACAGCCUAUGCCGCCUACGCCCCCUUGGACCGACAUAUCCAUAUUCGAUCAAGUAAUAAGAAGAUCAGUGUCGGGGAAUACGUUGUGUUCCAUGUGAAGAGCAACUUCGCCCUUCAGUACUUUGACUGGAUCAUUGUGAGCAAAAAUAUCAUCCUGAAGAACGGGCGCGAAUAUGCCAAUGACAUUCAUGCUGUGGUGACCACCUUCAGCGUGGUGGUGUCAUCAGAGAUGGCACCCGGCUUCCAUAUUAUAAUCUACAGUGUGACAGCCGAUGACUAUUUAUUGUCGGACUCGGCAUAUUAUCCCGUUCAAGCCAUCAACCGACAUAAGAUUCAGUUCAGCCUCAAUCAGGUGAAGGAUCAUCUUAUGCACACUGUUGAAGCCACAUGUCGCGGAGAUCCGGGAGCAGUGUUCUUAACUUCCAGUGUCCGCCAGUUCAAUUUUGCCACCCAAGGCAAGAACUUCAUCACGAAAGCCUCGAUCCUUGAAAGUUUGCACACUUUCGAAAAUGACCGACGACACAUUCACCGCGUAUUCUGGACCGACCGAGAGGGAACGCACCCCGACGAAGUGACCUAUUUCCCCUCCAUGGAUUACGGAGUGGAUUCCAAUCGAACCUUUGGCUUGAAAGAGCUGCUCAUUUUUACGGACUAUUUGGAAGUACCACAAACUCGCUUCACACGCCAAUGCAAUGUCACAGCGGGUCAGUACCCGUGUCUCAUUAAGGGCUGCUACAUUGAGGAAGAAAUUUGUGAUGGACAACCCAAUUGUGAGGACGGGUUUGAUGAGAGCAAUUGUGGAGAUUCCUCAGAGUGGCAACAGGAGCAAACUUUGCGCUUCCGAUUAUCGCGGUUUAACCGUUAUGUUGAUUACUACGAUAGUGGCACUGGUGAUUGGGGUUGGCUGACCAAAAACAUCGAUGAAGAUCGGGAGCAAUUCUACAAUCUUCAAAUUCCAAUGACCACCGAUGAUUGGUAUUUCAACGCCUUCAGUAUCAGCAAAGACAAUGGCAUUGGUCUUCUCGACGACCCGGUGGCUUUUAGCUCAAUCCGGCCUGUACAUUCAGAAUGUGAAGGACCAGGAGAGAUCCAUCGAGGCGAGUCCAUUGGAAUCCGUUGCCUUAUUAUGAACCGGUCACCCUAUGAGCUGGAGACAUUUGCCAUCCUGAAGGGUUCCAAGGACUACAAAUUUAUUCACGUGGAAGAGUACGGUUACGUGAAGAGUUAUGCUCCACGAAUGUCGGACGGAGAUCAUCAUCAUUUGGUCUACGUUCGAGGCAACUCGGAAAAAGAAGUCAUCAUUCCUGUGGCGCCCCAAGUGGAGCAAGGGCUAAUCACAGUCGAGAUCGAGAUUUCGACGCAGAUCAUGUCCAUCACCUACAAGGUGAACGUCAAAGUCCUACCAGAAGGGAGCAUCGUUCAUCGUCACACCUCGGUCCUUCUGGAUUUGAAGAGCAGGGCCAACGUGCUUCAAUUUAUGAAUAUCAUUGUGGACGAAACCCCCAUUAUUCCGUAUGAAAUCUAUCGGCGCUAUGUGUCUGGCUCCCCCUAUGCUCAUGUCACCGUGUGCGGUGACGUCAUUGGGCCCACUUUUCCCGGAGACGAGCCCGUAGUCUUGGAGCGGAUGUUCACCACUGGCCAUGGUCGAUUUGGUAAAGGCACGGAGUACCAUGCUUUCAAUUUGGCGGCCAACACGCUCCAACUUCAUUACUACCGUCUUACCAAUCAGCUCCAGCCCAAUUGGGAAUUGGCUAAAAGGGUGUUUGAAGCCAUGAACGUCGAGUAUAGUGGCGUGAUGAGGCGGUUCAGCUCCCAUGGCUAUGUGACCAAUUGGGACAACUCCAAGCCCUCGGUCUGGCUAACAGCUUGGGUCAUUCGAAUACUGCAGAGUGUCUCGUUUCAAGACUGGGAAGACUACAUCUAUCUCGACCCCAUGGUCAUUGGAUCGGCUGUCAUGUGGCUCUUGAAUUAUCAAACGCCAGAAGGAGCCUUUACCGAAACCGAGUAUUACAACAAUCCUUUGCAUAAACCCAUGGAUGGUCGAUCCAGAUUUGUGGACGAUUACAACACCAUGAGGAACAUUUCUCUGACAGCUCACGUGUUGAUUUCCUUAGAAGUGACAGCGCCCAAUUUGCAAGGAGAUCAAAAGAAAUUCUCGGCCACUGCCCGCCAACGCGCCGUCAAAUAUUUAGAACGCCACCUGGCCAAGAUCGUGGACUCGUACGAGUUGGCCAUCACUGCGUAUGCUCUGGCUGUGUCUGGUAGUGCUGAAACUGAGCUGGCGUACCGAAAGCUCCAAGGUGCUCGAAGAGAAGAGGGCGGCAUGUUGUAUUGGGGUCGAAGUCCCAUUAAGACCAAUCGUGUUCGCUACGAGUUUAAUCGGCCUUUCCUCGAAGCCAAAGACUAUCAGGACGAUGAUGCCUUAGCGGUGGAGGCCACAGGUUAUGCACUCUUGACCAUGUUCAUGGUUGAAGGCGGAGGUGUGACCAUAGAACAAGACAAGAUUGUCCAAUGGUUGAACACAAUGCGAUUGGGCGAUGGUGGAUUCAUCUCAACCGUGGAUACCAUUGUGGCUAUGGAAGCCUUGGUUCGGUACUCUUACAACUCCCGUAUCAAGGACAUCACGGACCUCCAAGUAGAAGUGGACAUACCCGACUCGAAUAUGACGCAUAUGUUCAAAAUCGAAUCCGAAAACAUUGCCAAAAUGCAAAGAAUUGACAUCCCUAAUGUAUGGGGACACAUCAACUUGGUUGCUCACGGAGCGGGUCAGGCCAUUGCGCAACUGGAUGUCAAUUGGGGCGUGGACUACGAGCCGUUUAAAGAUCAUCCCGCCACCGACUGCUUUAAUCUAACUAUUCAAGAGUACUUCCACGGUCGGAACAAGUCCGAGAUCACCAUCAAGAGCUGCUUUGGCUGGACCUUGACUGAGGAGAGUCCCACCUCCGGGAUGGCCAUGCUCGUGGUGGACAUUCCCUCCGGCUACAUUAUCCUUCAACCCGACGCCAAUCGUAUCGUGAACUCGAAGGUGAUUCCCGAGAUGCAGGACGCAGAUACGACAAAGCACGGCAAAUCCAUUUGGUACUUUGACUACAUUCCCAAUGUGAUGCAAUGCUUUGAGCACACGGUGCGCCGUUAUUAUCCUGUGGCUAAUCUCACGCGCACCCGACAAGCCGUAAUAGUGGAGCCACUUCGGCCAGAGCGAUUCUUUGUUCGGACGUUUAAUGCCACCUCGCUCUACAUCUUGAGUAUCUGUGAAGUGUGUGGGUCGUACCAAUGUCCGUAUUGCCCCUUCUACAGCCAUGGCCCAUCAUUAGUGGCCGUCAAUUGGGCCAUAUUAUUGAGUGUGUCAGUCGCUGUGUUCUUGUUCAAUGACCUCGGGCUUUCUUCCUCUUUGAGAGGUCGGGGGGCCCGACGCCCAGAGGCAGGAACCCAGAGUGUGAGUCCCAGAAGCGGACUAUGAUCUCAAAGAAUAGCAAUGUGCUUUCAUACCAAAGUUCGCAUGUAACAAACAUUAAGUAUGAACGAACACACAAAUCAAGGUGAACGUACUCAAAACGUACUACUGUGACAUCGAAAGCAACCAAACGCCACCCCCAGGAAAAAAAAAGACUUCCGGCAUUUUGUAUUAUUGAAUUGAGUGGUACGUGUGUCUCAUGAGGAAGGGCAAAAUUUCGACAGAAAACUCAUCCUUUGGCCGGUGUGCACAAACGACCUUCAUGCUUCCCCUUUUUUUCUCAUGGUCUUGUUUCAUUUUUCCAUGACUGGUUGGGUUACCACCCGAAGGGAAAGAGGGAAUUGCCAUUCCUUCGACCUUUCCCUUGCUUUUCUCAUUAAAUAGAGCCCCCCAAAUAACGCAAAUCGAUGUAGACAAAGAAUGACCCUCCCCCCUCCCCAGAGAGGCUCUUUGUCGGCCUCUUUUAUAGAUCCCCAAGUGCCUCUACGUCGACUUCUCUUGUCGGUUUGUCUUUCCACUCUAAGGAGCAUACCCACUCUCCUCUAUUUCGCAUCUGGAUCUUUUCAAAGCUUAUACUCGUCUGCAGUAACUCAUAGGACCUGGCUCCCAUUUUCUCCUCCUUCCCUUGAGCAACGUCUUUCUUUCAUCUGUAAUAGUUAGCUAGCUGGUACGAUACGUAGCUCUCAGAAAAAGGGCAUUAAAAGUAAUACGAGCCCAAGAUGAUGGUGGAAAACUGCUGAUCCACAACCUUCUUUAUUAGAAGACUACAGAGCACAGAAAGAGGAACGACGAACGAGAAGGACAUGCACCAACAACAAAGCUGUUGGUAGGUUGUAAUCUAUCUGAAAGGCCUCCAUGGAUAAUGCAGAGGGUCUCUUCCUGCUACGUUUUCUUGGGCUUGAGUUUCUUCGUCUUCCUUCUUCCCUCCCUCCCUUCCUUCCUCCUAAACACUGCCUGUCUACACACGUACGUACCAUCACCGUUCACCGAACGAGAUUUUGGGGAACUUAUUAGUGGCUAGCUUCGAAAGCUUGCUGGCGAUUCAAUCAGAAGUGCUGACUGACUCUGCCCACGAAAGCGACGCUGAUGUUCCAGCAUUGGAUCGAUCCUCCUCAUGCCACAUCUCACUCACUCAAAUCCUUACUCUUCGUCAAAGUUGCCCGCAGGAGACAGGUGUAGAAAUAGGGAGUUCGAUGUUGUCAAACCUUGUAAACGCCGUGUUUUACGUUAUCCGACGUAGUAAUCCUAUUUUUAUAUGAAGAACCAAAUAAAAAAGUCCUUCAACAAGCGGCCGAGCAUUGCCACCCGGAAGUUGGCCUAUAUUUGUAGCCUUCAUUUUUGUGAAAUCAUCGUCCCAAAUUGUGAGCUGUCUUGCAGGAGCUUAAGAAACAUUUGACGAAAAAGCACCUAUCCAACUGUUAGUCUUUUCCUUGGAUUGCCCAGUCAUUAUUACCCAUGGUGCGACGACAGAAACACCGUCACUGUGUUGAAAACAAUCAAACUGAAUCAGGAUGAACACAUAUUGAGCUCGAUUACCUUACGUACGCAAAAUGGAUUUCCCAACCAUAAAAUGAUCGCAAACGUU